UAGUCACGUGAUAAAAAUAUAAAAACAACCGCGGGACGUGGAAAUUACAUGUUACUGUUUACAAAAUUUACAAUGGCACAGUUUUGUUUUCCCAUGCUUCGAAUUGAAGAAAUUGCAUGUUUCUUUCAUGAGAUCAAUGUUGACAUUUCUGACAGCGACUUUAGAAAGCCCGACCCCUUCAAAUGGAGGCAGAUUUAUGGAAUAAUAUUAGAGUUAUUGACAAAUAUUCCUCCUGAUCAAGUUUACCAAAACAGUCAACAAAUAAUUUUGGUAAAAUCAAAUGAUGUUUACGAAUAUCCAGAGCUCCACAAUGAAUCGUUGCCCCUUAUGACUGUAACACUUUCCCUAAAAAGAGUGAUGAGCACUUGUGGAAUUAAAGAUUUCACAGUUCAAGACAUCAUCGAGCCAACCUUGAAACGUCUAAUUAAGAUUUGCAGCGCAGCUAUCAAUUUAUACAAGUUUAGGACAAGUAGAAUAACAAUUUUCCAUCAACUCAAAGAGGAAAAUGAAAAGUUUCGUGACCUCUAUGAUGACGUAAGACAGAAAAUUAAUAAACAUAAAGCCAUUAGAGCUGAAGAAGAACCAGAAAUUGCCCAACUUCAACAUGAUAUUGAAGUGUUUACCACCGAAAUGACAGGCCAUCAUAAACAACAAUCAGUUUACCAAAAAAAUAUCCAAGAAAUAAAAACUGAAUUGUCAGGUAAAAGAGCAGCCAAGGACAAACUGAAAGUUGAUAUCAUCAAUAAGGAGAAGCAAAUUGAUAUUAUUUCUCAGAAAAUUGUCCAGUCACCGGAGAAAGCCAAGAAUGAGCUAGCCAGAAAUCAAGAAAGAGUGACAACCCUUAAUGAAGAUAUAGCUGAAUCUAGAGACAAACGUACGGAAUGGGCAAGACAAGCAGAAAAAUUCAAGCAGCGAGAGGCUAUGGCUGAUAAACUAUUGAAAGUUUUACAAUCAAUCAAACAAGAAAAAGAUCAAGAAAGUGCUUUAAGCAAGGAUAUCCUCCAAAAUACAGAAGUUUACCAAGAGAUUCAGAGUGUAUUAGAAGAAUUAGCAACUAAGAGAUAUCAGCUUGAAGCCAGAUUAACAUCCAAACAAGAAGCUGGUUCCAAGUUUGAUCUUCAGUUUAAAGCUAAGAAAAGGGCUUCCCAUGAACAGCUUGAGCAAGUCAUUAAUCAGAAGAUGAUGUACAAGAAGAAAAAUAAUUUGGAAGCAGAACAAACAGAGGGUACACUGAAGCAAAAACAGAAAGUAUUAGAAGAAUUAAGGAACAAGGAACAGCAGAUUGAAGAGAGAGUUGAAAAUAUUGCUUCCCUGUACAUUGAACUGGUUCAGAAAUUUGAAGAAUCACAUGAACAAUUUAAAGGCAAAUGGGCACAUUUUCUCCAGAGUUUGUUAGAUUAGUGUAUUUAAUAGUGCUACUACAUGUACUUGCUUGAAUAUUGGAUACUUUAAGUCUACUUAUAAAGCUUAUUUGCAUAAAUUCUUAGGAAUUGCUUAUUUAUUGAAACAUUAGAAGAAAUGUGAUGACUUACAUCUGAACAGAACCCUAGUGUUAAGUUGUUUGUUUCAGGGAAUGCUACAGUACAAAUUAUAGGUGCAUUAUUGCACUUGGGAAUAAAGAGAAAACAGAGACUUCAUAGAAAGUCACCAGGAACAUGUAUAUAGCAAAAUUCAUAUCGUAAUUCCAACUCUGUAAUAAUGCUUGUGCUAAUUUGUUUUCUUUAAUCCGUGCAACUUCUUACGUACAUGCUAUUUACAAAUGUAAAAAAAAAUGUUUAUUUAUAUGACUUAUUUCUUAAA